UCGAAAUGGUGCUUCAUAACAUUUUGAUUGAUAGCUAGUAUUUUGACAGUGUUCAAAAUUUUACGUGAUUCUUCCGUUAGAUUAUCAAAUAAUCAUAAAAAAUGGAUAACGAAUUUGUCGAAUCAGCUACUAGAACAGUACUCACAAUGGCCGCCACUAUGUUGCUUCAUCAAUCGGGCGUUUCUGAAGACCUUCAUGAGCUCCUCCAGAAAGCAAGUAACGCAUUGUCGGAUGAAAUCACGGAACGGGAAUUUUCGUGUGCUUUUCCAACUGCAUCCAUGAAUAAAACUGAAACUUCAAGAUAUCAACCACUCACAGAUACGGGAAUAGACCAACUUGUGGAGUCUCGGACAAUGCAUUUCCCGGAGACUCCUUUUAGCGUGCAUCCGAUGAGCUCAAUGUACCAAAGACAACCUCUCGAUACCCUAGCUGAGCUGGAGGAAUCAAAAACCAUUCACUUCGAUGAUACACGAGACACCCUUGCAUGCGUCAAUGAUGGCGCAGGACCAGAUGAAUGCAUUUCCGAUAGGUUUCACGAAGAAAUUGACAGAUCAUUAGAUCAAAGCGAACCGUCCUACAGAUUGACUCGUCCUUCUAGACCAGUGCAACGACGGGCUCAACGAGAAACCCCCGAUCUGUACCGUUCAUAUGUAGCACCUAUGCCAACAUCGACAUCCUGUACACCUAAAUUUGCGGUUGGACCCCCAUCCGCACCACCUGGAAUCCAUCGCAAACGUCAUUUGAAAAGGAUUAUAAGUAAACAACAACCGGAGGCUUCAUCUGCUAAACCCUUGACGUCGGAAACUGAUGGAUCUUUUCGAAUUUCUCGUGCUCCUAGAGCUCCUAUUUAUCAUGAUAGAUAUGCUAGAAUCCAUCCAGAUCGGUCAUACGUAUCAACAAAUGUUGCUCCUGAAACAUACUUCACUCCUAGAGAACUACCGCCAAUGUCCCCGGCGAUGGAUUUAGAUUCUGUAUCAUUGCCAGACGACACGCUUUUUUCGUUUACAUCAUCACAAGCAGUCCCAAAUAGUGCAGGAUCAUACAGAAUAGCUCGCCCUGAUGGCAGCGUGAAGCGACGUGGCAAAUCAGUAGAACCAGGAUUAUAUAGAUCUCACGCAGAAAACCCUUCUCCUCGCCCAGAUCAAGUUAUGCCUCCGCAUUCUUACACACCAGGGGACGAAGAGUCCUUCGAAAUUUAUCGGCGCCAUGGCAAUAUGCGAAGACUGGGCAGAAGACAAUCCGAUACUGAUCUUUAUCGAUCGUUUGAAAACGUUGAUCCAACAACUCAGGCAUCGGCACGAUCUCAUCCUGGAGUUCCAACAAUGAUUUAUCCAAGCAAAUCUACACCAGCCGGUCAUCAGCAGUUUGGCUUUACAGAGAAGAACUUGACAAGUGCUCGUGAACCAACUUUUCUCGAUGUACCGUCCAGUACUAUGUUUGGAAAAUCUAUGGACCAGAGUCGGCAGAAUGAUCCCGAUAAUCAAAUCAGCAUGCAUUUCCCGAAUCUCUCUCGACGUCCUCCGAACAUAAAUUUCUCUACCCAUGAACGGAGUAAGUCGAAAGCCGAAUCUGGUUUUGUGUCCGGUCAAAGUUUGACGGAAAAUUUAGAAGAGAUAGAAGCGGAUUUUGCUCCAGAUUUGAAUUCUACGUUGUUCAGUAAAGCCGAACAUGGACUAACGGACAUCGACGAAACUGUCUGCAAGCUGCUGGACAGAAUUUGCUAUCAAGUGGAUAAAAUUCGCCUGGAAGGGACAAGUGCGGAUCGAGAUCGAAUAGGAAUACUAAGAAGGAAUUCGAAUGACUACGAUUUCUCCACGGGAAGGAUGCGGCAAUAGGAACGUUCGUUGCAUUACUAAUACCUGUUUGCUGGAUCAUGAUCGAUUGAGUAUUCGCAUCUCGUCGUCAGUCUGUUUAUAUCAAAGAAGCAUCAUUAUCUGGUCACUUAACUUAAAGGGUCAUUAACACGCCUAAUAAACAA